GACUUCUCUCACGCUCUUUCGAUCGCAGCUUAACGAGUGCGUUGCGCUUCGUUUCGACUGUGCCAUUUACCUCCGCAAUAGCCACGGUUUUCUCUCCAGCCCGCUCCGUAGCGAACCAUUUUUAUCACUGGAGACCAGACUCGAAAUCAGCGGGCUUCCGAGGUCCUUCAAUUGCCAGCGACUUACACCCUAAAGCUCCCGCACUAGCUCCGCUCUCCUCCACGCGCCGUCCCACGCUCCGUUCCAAGUCACAAUGUCUCUCCCUCUCUCCACCAUCUCCUCCUUCCGCACCUCCUUCUCUCCCUUCUCCCCACUCUCCAAACCCUGCCGACUCGUUCUCUCCCUUCUCCAGACACCCACAACUACCCCAGCCUCCAGCGCCUCACACAUCAAGAUCUCCGUCACAAGGUUACCCCGAAACAGCCCGCAGCUCCCAGAGAUGACCAUCGGAUUCCGUAACGGAAAGGAGCUGAAGUUCGAGGUGGGCAAAAAUAAAAUGGCGAUCGGCGAUAUAUUGGAAGAGUUAGGACGUGUGGGCAGAGUGAUUGAGAGAGAGGAGAGUUUGAAAGGCUGAUCAACUUGCUCCUUUUUUCCUUUUUUUUUGGUUCUAGAAGAUUUGCUGAGAAGAGUGUACCUGUUGGAAUAUUGAGGAUAUACGCGUAAUCUGUACAAUAUGGAAAGAUAGAGAGGUAUUUUGUAAAAGAGAGAUGAA